AUGGAAACGGAAAGCGAGUCCUUAGAGUCAUUACUCGAAAAGAAAGAAUCUAUAGAGGAGAAUAUUAUAAAUCACCCAUGGACCAACUCGCUCAACAAGUUACUAGAAAUUAGCGACAAAUUGUCACCACCAGAGGCAGAUCAACACCUUGGCGUAUUAGUUCACACCGAUUCUAAUUUGCUGGAAAGCUUGCUAUUUCAUUUCCCAAUGAUGGACGAUACUACACGGCUGGUGGUUUUGGAACACCUUACUCGGUUUGCAGAGUAUAAUGAUAUGAACAAGUGGAUACUGUUUAAAGUUAACACGACCAGUGCGCUAUUGAAAACACUAAAGAAACUCACUCAUAGCAACGCAGUAACCACAACCACCACUGUAAUAGACCACCAGCGUUCCCUCGUAGUGGAACAAAUUUUGAAACUAGUUGAGAUUGUGUGCUCGUUCUCUGUUAAAGUCUCUGAUGUCAAGUUGAUUUUAAACCUUAUUUGUCUAACGAAUGAAGAGGCCAGAAGUCCGUUUGAAGAAACGACCACCAUUGCUACGCCCACGAAUAUCGUCACCUAUUAUCAUGCACCGCUUGUUAAACUACUAUACACAAUCGCUCAAAAGGAGAACACCAUUGAUUUUUUAUAUUUUCAAGGUGUGGAGUCGGGUCUCGUAUUACCGACGAUUGAAAAAUUUCCAUUGAAUGGGUAUUCAUUCUUCACGUGGUUCAAGAUAGACUCUGCCACUCCUUAUCAUAAAUUUUCAUCCUCGGAAUCCAGUGACAGUAAUAAAAAAAAUGAUAAUGAAAAUAACAAUGCCCCCCGGUUAUUCUCAUUUUUCAAUAAGUCAGGAAAUGGAAUUGAGGCUUAUUUCAUGAACAAAGAAUUACAUUUCCUGUGCAGAAAAGGGAAAGAGGUGUACAGGGAUACGAUGAAUAAUUUGAAAUUCGUGCCCAAUCGAUGGUAUUUCAUUACUUUUGUGCAUCACCCACCAAAACGUGGUUGGACUUCAUCGCCGGCCGAGAUUAAUGUCACGGUUGAUGGUGAAUUUGAGUGGAAGACAAAAUUCGAUUACCCUGUUGACUGUCCCAAUGAAUCCUUCGCUAAAUGCGCCGUUGGUGCUUCGUUAGUUGAUUCUCAUCAUACUCAUCAAAGAGUUGAAAUAGAUAAGAAGACGACUGAAUCCAAGAGUAGUAGUUCUUUUCGUCUUCUAAAUUCUUUUUGUGGCCAAAUGACAACAAUAUAUUUAAUUGCUGAUGUACUUUCUCGAGAUAAAAUAAAUUAUAUUUACUCACUUGGACGUAAUCAUGUCACACAAUUUCCGACAGGACAAACAGAUGGAGGUACCACCACCUCUUCUUCUCGACAAGUGGUUGACGGGAUAAUGGGUUCAAAAAUCUUGUUUCGGUUUCACGUCAAAGCAUCCGAAAAUGAAAAAUGUUUUAAUCUUGCUCCACGUAACAAUCAUCAUUCACAAUUUCAAUUUGCCACCCUUGUAUCGGUGCAAAAAUGUUACACGUUAAGUUUACAAAGUGCAAUUAGAUCCUUGGGCGAUAUUGAAGUCUUAUUUCCAAUGAUAUUAAAAUUUGACCAGCUCGACUCUAUCACACAUCGAGCACCUUUUGAAUCGCAAGACGAUUUCUUUGCAUCAGAAAGUCCUUGUCGUUCAUUUUUCGCCCUUAUCACCGCUCUUUUACAAACCAAUGCUAAAAGUCAAGCUCACAUAAUAAAAUCACGUGGAAUAAGAGUUAUCAGUUUACUCUUACAACAGAUUGGGCCUCGAUAUUUGACAAUAACGGCGUUUCAAAGCAUCGUCGCAUUAGCAAAUGUCUUGUCUGGGAAUGAAGAACUUGUCCAUGAGGUAUACACACAUCUCGUAUUCGAGUUUAGGCUGUGGAUGUAUUCAUCGUUAGACAUCCAAAAAUACUGUAUAGAAUUUUUAAAGAAUUUUUGCAACUCACGAAAAAAAAUGUGUCGUGUCCAUUUUGGGGUGCAAUAUUUUCUGGAUUCAUUACAAACAAUCUAUUGGUACGAGCAAACAGAAAAGUCUACCCCACAUCGACAUAUGAUUGCUGGUGCGACACGUCCAAGACAAAUAAAAGAAUUACGUGCACUAGUGCUAAACAUUAUACGUGAUUAUGUCAUAAAUGACAUUACUAAAGAUGAAACUGUGUGUAUUCUACGUAAUUUAUCAGUGAGUGAAGACGACGCACAUAUUAUCGAAAUCUUGCAAUUGCUUCUCGACUUGCUAAUCCAGCAUUUGGCUGAAAACAUCGCAUCAUACGGUGGAUUUGAGAUAUUUUGUGAGCUGCUUAAACGACGGCGCGAAGAAACUGUCCGUCUUUAUUGCAUAAAGAUAAUGACAUUUCUAAUAACGUGUCCGACAACACCACCUCAAUUCGCAAAAAAAUUAAGAUUUAUGGAUACAGAUCCAUCGAAUCUCGGCACAAAUCCAUCGCUUCAAAACAAAAUACUUGAAGAAUUUGUCGGACUUUUUAAACAUAAUAUUGAUUAUUGUCUUCAAUUUAACCAACUGUGGUGCUGGCAACGUUUGUUGGUCUCCCUUAUCCCACCGUACGCUACUAUCCAGAUUAAUUCCCCUCAGAAAGACACAGCCAAUUGGGUCAUUGAUUUACUAACUUGUAUUACUUGGAAUCUAUUACCAGUGGAAAAAAAUGCUUUUCAAGCUAUUGAAGAAACCAUAUUUCUUAUUUGGACUAGUGAUCGUGCCAAUUCUCUAGAGGUUAUUCGUGCUUUUCUGUCCCUUAUGCUUUGUGUUUUAGCUAAAGAUAUACGUGAGAUAGAUUUGGUGAUCUUUGGCAGUAUCAAAUUGGAAAAUAUUGUGAGAUUAGUAAUGAUUACUGAAGAGAUUAUAUUCAGUCAUAAAGAUAUAGCUCAAGUUGUAGAGCAAGAAUUGAGCAGUAACGAGAACAACACAUCAUUAUCCACAAGCUACUCAUCAUCAUUCCGUUCAAUGUAUGAAACUGGUCUUCCUGCAAUCAACGCACUCGGCAUCAACGAAAUGCCAGUCUUCCAAAAGUUGGAAUCGACCCUUCCCUCAUCCCUUAACUCGCUAUUACGACCUGACAACAUGGUAUUUCAGAGUGCGAGUAAUCCAUGGGAAGAAGACCAACUACUCGCCGAAACAUACCUGGAGAUUGUUAACGCGUUAGAUCGGAAGGCAGGAUGGAGGUUAGAGACAAUACCACCUAAUCGGAUCGACCUGCGUCCCGGCGACACUUGUCGCAUGGUUUUACGAAUCCUGAUUGCUGGGAUCUCGACCCCUGAUCCAUUGCUACGCGAAAAGGCACUCGAGAACCUUGUUGGUUUUAUCGACCGGCAUGUCUCAACUUCGAACACUGCUUCCUCCACUACCACCGGAAAACUGCUCGAAGAGUAUCUCUGCACUGAUAGCGAUAUCUUCCAACAGCAUAUCAAGAUGCUUUUAGGCGAAAUCCAUGAAGCUUUCAUAGCAAGUCAAUCCACCAAUGGCUCAUAUGAACACAAGACAGUUUUUACUUACUAUUUUGCCAUGAGCAAAUGUCAAAAUUACCUUACUCCUUUAGAGGAUCCCAAACUAUUUAGUGACACAUUAGCAAGGGUAUGGAAAAAUUCAAAAUUCGACGAACAGGCGUUUGUUCAAUUUAUCACGUCUCGCGAUUGGAUAACUGUUCAUGAUCGACUUAUAGUACCUGCAAUGAAAGCUGCUGGCGACGAUGAUUUCGCCAUGGUGAGACGCUUGAAAGCAGCUUUUGCAAAGAAAUUUGGAAAAUUUUUGUUCCGCUCGAAAAAGGAAGAUCAAAAUAUGGCAAAAUUCGCAUUGGCUUUUGAUACGGAUUUGAAUAACAUGGUACAGAGUUACAAAGAGGAGGAGAUAAACCGUAUAUCAAAUAUCGAGAUUGACAAAAAGAACGAAACGAUGCGCACGUCUCGUAGAUGGCAAGCAAAAUUUCACGAAUUAACCCAGGAACGUGGAGCAUGGUCAGUGCGACGUCAGACAGAAAUUCAUUGGAGAUUAGAUAAAUCCGAGAACUAUUCACGUAUGCACCGAAAACUGACAAUUAAUUAUGAUUAUGAUCCGCACAAUGAGGCAAGCGCGAAGAGAGAUAAAACACCAAUUUCACAGAAUAGAAACAGGUCCAAGAGUGCUAGUAUCCAGCGAAUAAAAAUAAACAAUCCAUAUGUCUCUUCUCUGAAUUUGAUCGAUCCGUGGACUGACAUGUGGACGUCAAUCCUAUCAAUUCUCCCAAAGGCAGACGAGUCAGAAAGUUCGGAUGAGUUUGAAGAUGAAGAGUGGAAUGUAGUGGCUGGUGAUGAUGUAGUUGGCACGGUGGAUGUCUCGAUAGACAAACCGAUUUUUUCGGCUGAAUGCGAGCUGAUUAUAUUGUUGUCGGCGAUAAAAGGGCGUAUUGAAUUGACUACUAAAAAUUUAUCGUUUUUUGUGGAUCGCCAGAGCAUUUUACAAGAGUUAAGUAAUAUUGAGCAAGGCUCGGUGAUUGUCGACACGGAUAUGCUUCGAGAUAAAAAUUGGUUAUUAUCGGAAAUAAGAGAGAUUGCUUUACGCAAUUAUUUACUUAGAAGAAGUGCUUUAGAAUUUUUCAUGACAGAUCAAACAAAUUAUUUUUUCAAUUUUCCUGAGCCUAAUGACCGCAAGCUACUGCGAAAGAAAAUAAUCUCGUUAAAGCCCUCAUCAAUGAUCAAUCAAGACCAUCGAUCACCUAUUGAAAUACUAGCAAAUUCUGGCAUAACUCAACGCUGGCAACGUCACGAAAUAUCAAAUUUUGAAUACUUGAUGCAUUUGAAUACCAUAGCGGGGAGAUCUCACAACGAUCUUUCACAAUACCCAGUAUUUCCUUGGAUUCUAGCCGACUACGAGUCGGAAACCAUAGACUUGGAUGAUCCAAAAGUAUACCGAGAUCUGUCAAAACCUAUCGGUGCUCUUGAUCCCGAUCGACUCGCACAAGUUCUAGAACGAUAUGAAGGUUUCGAGGAUCCUUCAGGGCGCAUACCGAAAUUCCAUUAUGGAACACAUUAUUCGAGUGCGGCAACUGUUGCUGGAUAUCUUAUACGCUUGGAGCCAUUCACAUCUGUGCACAUUUCUUUACAAGGCGGAAAAUUCGAUCAUGCUGAUCGGCAGUUUCAUUCUAUAGAAAGGACUUGGCACGCGUGUCUACAUGGGAGUGGCGACGUACGAGAAUUGAUUCCAGAAUUUUUUUACCUUCCUGAAUUUCUAGUCAAUAAUAAUAAAUUUGAUCUUGGGGUUCGGCAAGAUGGCGUUCGCUUGGAUGAUGUAAUAUUACCAAAAUGGGCCUCCACCCCCGAAGAGUUUAUCCGUCUUCAUCGAGAAGCUCUCGAAUCUGAUUAUGUGUCUGCAAAUUUACAUCAUUGGAUAGAUUUAAUUUUUGGUUAUAAGCAAACAGGCGAGGAAGCAAUUCGAGCACACAAUGUAUUCUAUUAUCUCACAUAUGAGAACAAAAUAAACAUUGAUAGCAUAGAAGAUGAACACGAGCGAAAAAGUAUAGAACAGCAAAUAUAUCAUUUUGGUCAAACCCCCACACAAUUACUUAAAAAACCUCAUCCACAACGUUUUCCAAAGCGCGAAUUCAUAAAAAAAGAUAUCUUAAGCUGUCAAGAAAAUCAUAAACAAUAUCUCGUACAGUUGAUUUCGAAGCGUCUUUUGUACAUUGCUGUUUCGAAUGUUGAUAUUGAUGUUUUUUCCACGUCGCCGGUUCAGCAGAUUGUUACUAUUGAUGAAGACGGCAUUGUGGGCAGCCAUCGGAUUACGCCGAACCCUGUUACUGCCGAGAUACCGUUUUCUGUUGAGGUUGAUCCUAUGUUGGAAUAUAAGAGUCGAUUGAAUAGUCCGUUUUGCUACGACGCGGUUAUUUCACCGAGAUGCUUUACGUGUAGUCAGGAUGGAAAAGUGUUAAUUAGCUGUGGUCAUUGGGACAAUACUAUCAAAGUCACACUUACAGAAACGGGCAAGACCAUCGAUAGCAUACCAGGACAUGACGAUAUCGUAACUACUGUUGCAAUUAGCGAGGAUGGUAGAACUAUCGUCACUGGAUCUCGGAGCUCGUGUGUCUUAUCGUGGAACAUCAAUUUGAGUGGUGAUAAUGAGUUCUUGGAUAUUAAUCAUACGCCUACGCAUGCAUUUUAUGGUCAUGAUGAUGAGAUAACUUGUGUGGCAGCGAAUGCAGAACAUGAUAUUUUAGUGAGCGGAUCUAAGGAUGGCACAUGUAUCGUUCACUCGUUACGAAAUGGAAGCUAUAUUCGUACUUUGCGGCCAUUAGAUGAUGCUGAUGCAACAGUCGAGAAUGUAUGUGUUAGUAAGGAAGGCAAUAUAAUCGUAUAUGCUGAACGGAAAGACGAGUAUUUUAUAUACAGCUACUCGAUCAAUGGAAAAUUUCUGGGAACCGUGGAAAUUGAGGAACGAUUAAAUGACAUGAUCACCUCAUCGAUCAGAAACCAUGUCUUAGUUAGUAAUGCACGAGGGAUCGCGUUAUUCGAUUGUAUGAACCUAAAUUUCCAAUACCAAUUCGACAUCCCAAUAAUCGCACAUAGCAUUGCGCUAAGCCAAGACGCCGCCCGAAUAUACUUUUGCGGCGGUGGCGACGACGGAAAGAUUUUGAUAAUUGCUAAUCAAUCGCACGUAGAAUCAUCAUCUACAUCUUCAUCGUCUGAUUCUUAA